AGAGGAAGUGUCAGCAGCACGGGGGCUGGAUGUUAUAACAGCAGAGUUUUAAAGCUGGCUGGCUUUUUCAGUCAGUCUGGUAACCCCAAGAGCUGACUCACAAGUGCCAGGACCCUUUUGCCAUUAUGGGUGACACGCCGGUGUUUCUAGGGGCUGAUAUAGUGGACAAGUACUUAAACUACCCAACUCUGAUCCCUUUACUGGAGAGAGCACUGGUUCAUUUUUCUAGUGGCCAGGAAGGAGGCGUUGUGCAGCCAAUCCGGACAAUUGUGCCUGUGCCAAAGUACAGUGGCUUUUUAGGAGUGAUGCCAGCUUACAGUACAGUGGAUGAUGCCUUAACAACCAAGGUCGUAACAUUUUAUGAGAACAAAACAUCAUCUGAAUUUCCCUCUCAUCAGGCCACUGUCCUCUUAUUUGAACCAUCAAACGGAACUCUGAAAGCUGUAAUUGAUGGAAAAGUGAUAACAGAUAAAAGGACAGCAGCCGUUUCAGCAAUUGCAACAAAGUUGCUCAAACCGUCAUCUGCUGAUGUUCUCUGCAUUCUGGGCUCCGGAGCUCAAGCACACAGUCAUUACCAAGCCUUUACACAGCAGUUCUCUUUCAAAGAGGUCAGAAUUUGGAGCCGCAAAAGGGAAAACGCAGAAAGAUUUGCAAAUGCUACAGAUGGAAAUAUACGUGUAUGUUCCACGCCGCAGGAAGCAGUCACUGGUGCUGACGUAAUUGUCGCAGCAACAAUGUCUACAGAGCCGGUUCUGUUCGGUGAUUGGGUCAAGCCAGGGGCACACGUCAAUGCUCUUGGUGCUUGCCGGCCUGACUGGAGAGAGCUCGACAACGUUCUCAUGAAGAGUUGUGUCCUGUACGUGGACUCCAGAGAGGCAUGUCAGAAGGAAUCUGGAGACAUUGCUCUGUCUGGGGCCUCUAUCUAUGGUGAAAUAGGUGAAAUACUUAAAGGGACCAAACCUGCUCUUUCAGAUAAAACAACUGUUUUUAAGUCUGUAGGCAUGGCAAUUGAAGACACUGUCUCUGCAAAGCUUGUGUAUGAUUCCUGGGUAUCUAGUAAUAAAUAAGUCUAGAACCAAACACUAAAGUUUAGUAUCAUAAUGCUUUCUACAGCAAAUAAACAUUUCCAAUAAA